CCCCCCCCCCCCCCCCUCUGGCCUCCGUCGGCGCGUCCAUCCCAUGCCACUGCUCUUACGAGACGGCACUUAAGGAUGCAAUAAGACCUGCCAAUGCCCGCAUCGUAGUCUCUCGCCCACUUUUCCCAUUGCCUUUCCCCCUUCCCCCUAGACGAGGUCAGGUUUGGCGAUACUGGCGCUGCAUUGUUCACGGCAUUGUUCACGGCAUCGUUCGCGACCAAAAAUAAACAAACACUCCAAGCUUUUUUUCUUCCUCUUCCCCCUGCUUCCGGUGUCAAUCGUUCUUAUCCUGUUGAUCCGUGCUUCGCCCUAGUUGCUGUUCCAACAACUACGACUCGCACUCACUUCACCGGCUCCUUUUGCUCGUUGGCAGCUGUAAACAAGCUCUCCCCCUCGGUGGAAUCGAUCCAGGUCAUCCCCGAUCGGAAUCGGCAUCGAGAUUGGGUCUCGAAUCUCCCUACGCGAUUGGACUUCUAGAUCCUCUCGACGACCACCACGUCAGAAAUCCGCCGCGAUGGCUACCGCUACCCGUCAACCUUUCGCGCCCCUCGACGGAGCGCGCCUGCAGACGCUGACAAGCCUGAAGAACAGACAGAAUGCUCUCCCUUCGUCACCCGGCAAACGUAAAGCUGCCGACAGCUUAGACACGGACGAUUUCGAGAACGUUGACCCCCUGCUCUUCUCUAAGAAAUCUAAGGGUUCGGAUAGCUUCCCCUCCAAAGACGCCUUCCUAAAGCCACCUACUUUCACCCUCGCCAAGUCGGCCGCCGUGGCCAACGUCCCUACCACAAGCUCGCACAAGACCGCUACGCCGCGGCCACGAUCUCUCUUGAACGCCAAGUCGCCCUCCAAGAUCAACACCGGCAUAACCAAGUCAACGCCGCUCUCCGCCCCCGCCGGCCGAUCCCCGACGCGCGGCAAGCGAUCGGGCAUCCUGUCUUCCCGGCGACGUACCGCCGGCGCCUUCUCGCGCGUCGACCCACCUUCCUUCGGGCUCCCGAGCAAGUCGUCCCCGGCUCCGUUCUCGCUGGACGCCGCGCUGAAGGGCACGAUCCCAAGCUACGCGCGCCGCAAUGGCUCGUCGGCGUCAGCCGCCACUGCCGCUAACAGGUCUUCUCCUAGCAGCGGUCUCGGUCUCGAUAGCCUGCUGGAAGGUGGUGACGCCAUGAAGUCGUCGUGGUUCUUUGACAUUCACGAGGAUACGCCCGAGCAGGAGAUGACGAACCUGUUGCAGCACAGCACCUGCGUGCUCGACAUCAGCUCCGACGAGGAGAGCGAAAGUCGGCGGCAACGCGAGCGCGCCGAGGGCAAGGAGAACGUGCCCCCCGCUGACGACGUGUCGCAGACGUCGCGGCCGCGCGCCUGCGCCUUCCGGAAAGCCGUCGACGACGAGAUGGCAUUCGAGAAGGAGCGCAACCCGCUUGGCGAGAUGGACGUCCGCGAGUACUACUCGGAGGGCUGCGACGAGACCUCGGUCAUUAUCGUUCCCGGCGACGAGGACGAGGGCCAGGAUCAGCAGCUGCCGCAGCCGCACCCGAUCCCCGACCUCGCCCCCGAAAUCCUCGUAGGAGAGGAGGACGACGUCGACGACGGCGCGAAGACGGUCGACGAGCUGAUGCGUAAGGGGGACGAGCUAGUGCCCGGCGCGGCUGUGCUCGAGCCGCUCGAGGGCACCGGCGAGAGCUUCGAGGUGUGGGAGAGCGGGAGCGCCAAGGAUGAGGCCGAGUGCUGAUGCACGCACACGGUCGGCCUUGUUCCUCACGAUUGUCGACGAUGGCUCUGGUUUGCUCGGGUUUACCAUACCCCUAUUAUUCUUACUGGCUAAUGUUUUUAUUUUUCUUGUUUUGGCCCUGGUCGUGUAAUUACCUACUGGGUCAGCACUGGUAGACGUCGCUUUUGCGGGCACGAGGGAGGCAUGCGUCGACGGUUUUCGUCACAGUCACCGGCGUUUCAAGGGGGGGGGGGGGUUGAGGGACACAGGGUCACACACACGGAACGGCUGGCUGGCAAGGGAGGCGGUAUGGAUCGGCUAUUCCGCCUUGUGCUUCUAUGGCGCUGUAUCUGGUUGUAUGAGUUUUAUGUACAUAGCCCCUUUUCUAUCGUCGUGGUUGUCGCAUACCGAUGUGAGAGAGGGGGAGCACACGCGCGUAAAUAACAACGAACGGGUUUCCGCCUAUUAUUAUGACUGCUGUGACUCGCGUUGGUCUCCGCCCAGUCAUAUCGCCGGACGUCGAGCGGAAGAGUUCGGUCGAGAUAACCAAGCGUUGGCGCCGAUGAGAGAAUACCUAUUUAUAUUAUAUGUGCGUUCGCGAUGUGUCACGUUGGG